UUUGAGAAACUUCAGACACGCGCUGAGACUUGAGCAUCACGCGAGGAGAUAGAAACUGAAUUAAAGACAUCAUGAAACUCUCUUACUUGAUCCUUCUGUCAGUGCUCGGUGUGGUUGUGUGUCAGAACUAUGAUGAUUAUUCAGAUGUCUUUGGAGGGACCGGCAACACUUAUGAUUACUAUCCAGCAGUGCCAAAACAGAUCAUACAAACACCAACCUCAGGACCUGGACAGACCGCUGUGGAUUUCCAGACAGAGCCGACUGAACCUGGACCUCUGGACUGUCGUGAGGAACAGUAUCCCUGCACUCGACUCUAUUCUGUCCAUCAGCCCUGUAAACAAUGUCUGAACAGCAUCUGCUUCUACAGUUUGCGGAGGGUUUAUGUGAUCAAUAAAGAGAUUUGUGUCAGGACCGUUUGUGCCCAUGAGGAGCUGCUCAGAGCGGAUCUGUGCCGGGAUCAGUUUUCUCGCUGUGGUGUAGUUGCAGUCAGUGGUCAGUGUGGAGCGAUGGGCGGGACCUGUGCCAAGAGCUGUGGAUCCUGUUAGAAGCACACACACACACACAGACACAUGAGCCCUGGUACUGCCUACUGGUACUUUACACAAACACAAUCAGAUGCUUAGACCAGCACCUCUUGUGUAGAGUUCAAAAAAUGAAAGACACACAACAUAAAAUGUGAUGAAACAUCAACUCUUUUGGUUGGUAGUUUAAUUUCACCAACAUUCAUCACAUUUGUUUACAUAUCUGCAUCAGAAUAUAUUUCACAUAUAAAUUCAGAUCUUUCCUGUUUUCUCCACCCCUCCUUUCUCUCUCUCUCUCUCUCUCUCUCUCUUUAUAUGUAUGUGAUGUUUGUGCUCAUAUGAAGUGAUAUUUACUGUAAUAUAAUCAUUUGGUUCAGUGUUUAUGGUGCUAUUGUAUCCUGUGAUGCAGGACAAACAUUACUGUCAUCAUUCGGUGCUGUUGUUGUCGUUAUUGUUUAUUUGUGUGUUGUGUCUCGGGUGAGUUACACUGAACUUGACCCUUCACAUCUGAUCUCAGGUCAAAUUUAAAGACCUGCAGGCACUGAUCCCCUUAAAAACAGCUACUGGACGCAGAUCUGCGCAGACGACUCCUGCAGACAUGCGCAGAUGAUAGCGUCUGGGUUCAGUUGUCAUAUUAUACUAUCAUGUAUUACUGUACUAUUGGCUGGCUGUACCAAAAUCUCUUAAAAAUAAAACACGUUGUACUUUCA